AUGUCGCCGCCGGAGGAGCCCGCGGGCCCAGAGGUUGUCAACCCACCUAACGACAAGGAUACAUCACAUGCCAACGAAGAUGUAAAUCCCACCAUGUCGCCCGAACCCUCUGCCUCUGUUGUUGAGACGGCUACUGGGAAGGAUAUACCGAAGGAGGACCAGCAAAUACCUGUAUCAGAUAGAGCAGAACCAGUUGAGAAUGACACCUCUGCGGAGGCUUCAUCCGAACUUGCAACCCAAACCAAGCGCACGGAGCAACCUUCAACCCCUGCUAUCGAGAAGCAUAUCCCAGCGCCGUUGAAACUGGCUGAGCCUGAGGGCCCCGAUGCCAUGACCUCGUCUGUGGCCACCAUAAAGGCUCCGGCCACAUCAUCGUCACAAAAAAAAGACAACGAUUCACAAUAUCUUGCAGCCGAACCGUCGCCCUAUGUCGAUCCCACGCCUGCAACCCCCAUGACCUCGCAGCCUCCAUCACGGAGCCCCUCCACCGCUGCAAGAUCUCACCGAUCCGACGAACCGUCACCCUCAAGAUCCGAUGGGGCAGAUGAGGAAAAGAGAUACACAAGCGAGGACGAGCAAGAUGGCGGUUCACGCUCCGAGAUCCAGAGCAUCAUGGAGCAGUUCAGCGAAGCAGGUGGUGGACCUGACGCAGAGGAAGUAAUGAGCCCACGGCUAGAGAUUGCGUCUCCCAUUCUGGCCGGGCCAGUUCAGCACCCCCCUCGAAAGUCAAGCUUAGAACCACUCUCGCAGUCGAUAUCAAACCAGCUCCAGGAUUUCAACGCCUUGCGAGUAUCUACGUCGUCUCCCUCCAGCGUAAGGUCCAAGGAAAGGGCUGUCGAUGAUCAUGGGCCGCCAGUCCCGCCCAAGGACGGUGCUUUUGGAACUCCUCCUCGAACGAGAGACGACAGGCGGCCAUCUAGCAUAACGUCGCCAACCUCUCCGCAACUAUCCAUGCACCGUCCUCCUCCCCCUGACCCCGAACCGGAACCAGCCCUUCCUUUUGACUUUCACAGAUUUCUAGAACAGCUGAGAAACAAAAAGGCAGACCCGGUUGCAAGGUAUCUCAAGUCAUUUUUGUCUGAAUUUGGCAAGAAGCAGUGGAUGGUUCAUGAGCAAGUCAAGAUUACAAGCGACUUUUUGGCCUUCAUUGCCAAUAAGAUGAUGUUAUGUGACGUCUGGAGGGACGUGUCCGACGCCGAGUUCGACAACGCUCGCGAGGGAAUGGAGAAGUUGGUCAUGAAUCGAUUAUAUGCACAGACGUUUUCCCCAGCCAUUGCUCCACCAAAGCCUAUUCCAGGCGCCAAGCCGAGAAGACGAGGAGGAGAUGUGCCUUUAGGCCCUGGCCGCCGUGGACAACAUCAAGAAGACGUUGAACGUGAUGAGAUCCUGACUCAGAAGAUCAACAUCUAUGGAUGGGUGAAAUUGGAGCAUCUGGAUAUUCCGCCAGUGGGAGACAGUGGUCGCCGGUUCUUAAAACUCGCUCAGCAAGAGCUUUUGAAAAUCAAGUCAUAUAGAGCGCCACGUGACAAGAUAAUCUGCGUCCUGAACUGCUCCAAGGUAAUAUUCGGUCUCUUGAAACACAACAAGUCCGACUCAUCAGCAGAUUCAUUCAUGCCACUGUUGAUUUACGUCGUAUUACAAUGCAAUCCUGAGCAUCUGGUUUCCAACGUACAAUACAUUUUGCGAUUCAGAAACCAGGAGAAGCUUGGUGGUGAAGCUGGCUACUACCUGUCAUCUCUGAUGGGAGCCAUCCAGUUCAUUGAAAACAUGGAUCGAUCAUCACUCACAAUAUCCGACGACGAAUUCGAAAGAAACGUCGAAGCAGCUGUAUCAGCCAUUGCCGAAAAACACCAGGCUGCCUCCCCCAUUUCACCCCAGCAGCAGCAACAACCUACAUUCAACGAGAAAGCCGGCUUCUACCCCAGUGGAUCGAGCGGUCGACCAUCCAUCGAUGGGGUGGAGGGCUCAACCCCACGGCGCUCAACCUCCUCUUAUGAAGGCGACGCCCAAGACGGUGCAGCAAUCAGCGGCUUGCUUCGAACCAUUCAAAAACCGCUCAGUACAAUUGGUCGAAUCUUCUCCGACGAGAAUGGCUCUUCGUCUUCCGCUCCCGGAAGUGUUCCCCGUUCCCCCGGCUUGACAGAUCGCCAAUCCCCUCGACCAACUCAUCGAGAUCAGCACGCUGCCUUGCAAGAGCAACAGCAGCAACUGCUUGCCAAGCAUGCUCUCCCCGCAGAAGAAGCCGCUGCUAGACAAGCAAGUGCCGAAGCAGCAGAAGCCCAGCGGCUACACCGUGCUGAGCAUGCAAAUGUUGUGGAGACGCUGGCGGGCAUGUUUCCCGACCUCGACAAAGAUGUUAUUAGCGAUGUUGUUUACCAGAAGCAAGGAAGGGUUGGUUUGGCAGUCGAUGCAUGUUUGGCGCUAUCUUCAUAG